CCAGGGCCUGCAGAGCAAACGGGGGGCCCUUCACAGCUUGAAGCAAGGGGCUGGGUGCUGGAGCUGGCCAGCCUCAUGCUGGGGGGACUGGGCCCAGAAGGGACACACCAGGCACUGACCAGUGGCUUGCAUUAUUAGUAACACAAGGAAGGACACUCCUUGUUCAGUUACAGAGAGCUCCUGUCCUGAUUCUCUCCUGCCUGCCUCCUGCAAAAAGAAACACACCACCAGUCACCUGUUACAUGCUCGGUGCACAUGCCAACCAAAGGUGCAGGGCAUCCAUUUCACACGUGGAGAUUUCAUCUCUUCCCUGCUGGUGCAGAGAAGGGUCACACAAUCCCAUUCACCCCCCUACCCCUUCAGAAACAAAAUAAACCAGGAUCACUAGUUCUGAAUGAGAGAUUCUCAUUCAGAAGAGAAGCCGCCUGCUGUUCUCUGUCUUCUCCCUUCUCCCUAGCAAGCACUAAAUCACCUGCACGGGGUAACAGAUGCAUCUGACAGCAGGCCCAUGGGACAAAAUCAUUUACACCCUGACCCUGCAUGGGACGUGUGGUUCUGACUGCAGGAUUGGGGCCUUUGUUCGCUGUCUCUUUGUCAGUGAUGGAAAAUUCUUUCCUGCUUUCAGUGGGAAUGUUGGCUUUUAUAGCAGGAAAUAUUGGAUUCCCUUCUGUACAUUAUUUCCUUAAUGUAUAUUUCCAUCAGCAGGCGAGAGCUGCUUUACAGUGUUUUUGUGCCUAUUGUUACAGGGGUGUUCCCCUUUAAAUAUGGCAUGACAACAAAGCAACUGACAACUAUGGUAACUAACUGGAGUAGCUAAGGGCCUUCCCUCCCGGGACAGGGCUUCCCUUUGAUUGGCGGCAUGGGACAUCAAUCUUCUGUGAUUUGAAAGGUCCCUCUGCCCCAGAAUGCUGGCAGUCCUGAGAUGUGUACACACACUGGCCCUGGGGCAUUGGCUGCAGGGAGCCAGGCUGAAAGGAGAAAGGAACAGGCAAGGCACUAGGAAAAACUUAACAGGAUGCAAACUCCUGGGUUUGCACUUUCUCUUUCCUGGCUGUGACUCUGUGACUGCUGCUUCCUAAUCCACCUAGUGCUACAGAGAGAAACAGCUGGGAGAAGGGGCAGGGGAAAGAACAGACCUGGGGGCAAAUGGGUCUGGGAUUGCUGAACCUCGGCUUGAUGUUUCCUACCCAACUGGAGGUGCCAGGGCAUCUUUAUCUUUUCCUUUGAAGACUGCAGUGAGUUCCUGGGUGCGGGUUUUGCUCCCUUCAUGGUAUGUAUAUCUACACGCCCUAAUGCAAUCAUCUAGCUACACUGGUAAUCUGAGACCCAGGCAGCACUUAUGUGGGCACCCAGCUGCAGCCAGGAUGGGAUAAUGAAACGUCAAUGAACUGGAGACAGAUCUGGAAGAAAUGCAGAAGAAAGGAGCUGGAAGUGACCACUGUCCAGGUUGUGUUUGCUCCCAUGUCUUUUCCAAGGAGGAAGAUCACUGGAGUUCCUGGUAGCAGUUCUGUCUUUCCAGCCACCUGCCUGGAUGAAGCUUUGCAGCUGCCUGACUCGACAUCUCUGGUGGCUCCCAUAGAUCCUGGCUUCUUGGGAAGUUUGCUCCUGAUCUUGUUCCUGCUGAGGACGCUGCUGAAAUGUGCAGCUCCUUUCCCCCGCUGCUUUCCCCAGACCCGCAGCAGGUGCUGCAGGCCGUGCAGGGCCUAGUGGCUGAGCUGCACAAGGACAAGGAAGGCAUGCUGGAGGUUCUCUUGGGAGACGCUGAGUGCGAAGAGUAUCUGGGGGCUCUUUGUAGACUCCUGGCUGCUCCCAAAGUGAGGCUGUGCAGCAACGUUGCCUACAUCCUGGGCACCAUCGCCGAGAAUGAGAAUGGGGCAGCACGCCUGGUGGCACUGGCAGGCUCGGGCUCCGAGGGGCUCCUGGAUAGCCUGAGCGCCAUGCUGACCUGGGACGACCCAGAGGCUGUGAUGAACGCGGCAGGUACCCUGGGCUCCCUGGCAGAAACAGGUCCCAGCCGGCAGUGGCUGCUCCAAGCCCCGAAAGCUGAUGAGAUUGUCGAGAAGCUCAUGGCGCUGCUAGGCUCGACUGACGAAGGCACGGCAAGCAAUGCUGCCCUGGUGCUGGCCCGAAUCGCCGGCUCCCAGGAGGGCUGCGUGAAACUGCUGGGCCACCCCCACUCCCAGCACCUCCUGAGACAGCUGAUCGCUUCCCUGAAGGCGGAGGAAGCAGGCUGCAGCAUGAACGCUGCCUUCACGCUGGGGCGCCUGUGUGAUACGGACCUCGGCCUGCGGCAGCUCUUUGCCCUCCCUGAAGUCUCCAGCAUGAUCCAUGCCCUGGUGUCCAUGAUGGCCAACGCGGAGGCAGCAGGGAGCCGGAACGCCUGCUUUGCUCUCAGCUGCCUGGCUGCCAACAAGGAGGGGCAUGACCACGUGCUGCAGAGCCCUGCCUUCCCCCGGGCUUUGGAUACGCUGUGCCGCCUGCUUCGCGCCGAGGAGCAGGAGUCCUCCUGGUUUGCUGCCAUGACCAUGCGUGUGCUCGCCAGCCAGCCCAAGGGGGUGAUGACACUAAGAGAGCACCCAGAGCUGGAACUCCUCCUGCAGGAAGUGGCUGCCUCAGAGACAGUAGGAGAAGAGCUGCUAGAGGAAGUGACUGGCACGCUGGCCAAGCUCCAGCGCCUCCCGAAACCCCCGCCACCAGACGCCAAAGUUCUGGAUUCUGGUUCAAUCCAGGUGGCCUGGGAAAGUUUCAGACCUCAGAGCAGCCUUGAGGUCAAUUACAGGCUCUACGAGGGGGGCGCCCUGCUGUACCGAGGGCCAGCGCUCAGCUAUGCUUUUGCGGGUGGCAUGCCAUGCCAGGAAUACCGCUUUCAACUCUGUCUUGAGGUGAGGGGUGACCGGGGGCCAUGCAGCGAUGCUACGGUGCUGCCCAGAGAAGAGCCGGUGCCCAGUUGCCCCUUGGACUUCCGCGUGACAGCUCGCACGGCCACCCAGUUAAAAUUGAGCUGGGCCCCUCCAGCCGAGUCCAACGGCCCCAUCAAACACUACACCGUAUACAGGGAGGAGGCCCUGGUGGGCUCCACCCCAGAACUCAGCUGUGUUGUGGGAGGCUUGGCCCCUUCUGUGAGCUACCGGCUCAGCGUCUGCGCAUGCACCAGCAAAGCCCAGGGAGAGAAGGCCACCCUGCUCACCAAGACCAUGUCUCUGAGGGGCCACGCUCCGGAGAGGUUAACCCUCAUAGUGCUGGGGCGCAGUGAGAUUUUUGUGAGAUGGGAUGUGCCUAAAGCGCCCCUGGGACGCUUCUUUAACUAUGAGCUGUGCCUGAAUGGGGAGGUGGUGUACCUGGGCACGGGGCGCUCCUACAUGGCCCGCAGACUAAGGGCCAAUACGGCAUACACCUGCACCAUCAGUGCCCUCACCAGCGCGGGGCGCUGCAUCAGCCGGCCAGUCACCAAACGCACGCCCAGGGAUGAGUACAGCGAUGUCAGCAGAUGCCAUUACCCCUCCCCGGGGAGCAGGCAGCCUGCCACAGCCUCAGCACCCAGCGAGACUCCGGAAAUCCCUCAGGAGCCAGGAAGGGGCAGAGGCAAUGCAGAGGAGUCUCUCAAACCUUCCCCUGCCAGGACCCCGAGAGCUCCUCUCCUGCUGAGAGGAAGGGCGAGUAAAUCCUGGGAGAGCAAGAGCAGCGCAAAACCCGCUGCCACGCCCAGGAGAGACCCUUUGUCCUGCUCCAGACAGCCAAGCCAGGCGAUGCGAGCUGCUGGCCUCUCCAAGGCUGCCCUACUUCCCAGGCUGCGGGCACCUGACCCAAAGAGCCUCCCCAGGCAAAGCGCGCUUUGGCCCAGCGGAGAGAACAGCUCAGUCAGACCUGGGACUCCGAGCAAAACGCUCUUCCCAGAGCUGGCAACAGUCCUCCCUCUUGGGCACCCGGCGUGGCAAGGCUCACCCGGUCCGAGUGCCAUGCCCGUGUCUCUUCAGCUCAGCCACCACCUAGAGCGGAGGAAACCCAGGCAGGCAGCCUCAGGCCAGUGGGGGCUGGGCUACGGGCACCCCCCUGUCCUGGAGAGCUUCAGGCAGGAGAAGCUCAGGGCUCCACCGGGGAACCAACAGCUCCGGGGGCUGCAGAGGCCAAAGCCACAAACAAGGACUGGCCAGGGCUGUAGCCAGCUCCUGCCCGCCGAGGAGCAUCACCGGAGUCCUCGGAAGACAGCUGUGCCCCUGGGUGUAUCUUCCAAGGGAAACGCCAGCCCCCACCCUGCAGUGCCGCAGAAGGAAGAUGAGGGCAGGGCCAGCUGCACCCCCUGGCACCACGGCCUCAGCCAUGAAAAGCAGGAACUGUGGCCCUUUGGAUGAGAAACUGAGGCCGGAGCUGCUUGUACUGGUGGGCGCUGAUAUGGCCAUGCCCUGACAAGAUGUGGUCCUGGGUAAUACCCUGUGCCAUCUCCAUGGCCUGACUCAGCACUGAGAAAGGCCUAGGGAGCAGGAAAUCAUCCCUCGAGUCUGGAUUUCUCAUACAGAACUGACCUGACCUCAUGCCUCCGCCUACCCGAGGGGUCCCCAGGGGCUUUACACACCCUGGCUUUGAUGCCUGCAGUGAAAGUGCUUGGGAUCUCGACUGUCUCCCCAGACACCCACUGGCAGAGUGGAGCAACAUCUCAUCUAGAGGCUGGCACCUGCUGCAGCUGACUGCCCUGGUGCUGCUCUGCUGGGAGCCCAAGCCCUGGUGCAGGACCAGAACCCAUGACUGUUAGAUUAGAGGGAAAGUGGAGACAGUGAAUAUUCAGCACACCCCUGGCAGUGAGGGGCUCUGGGUACAGCCAGGGCAGGCUGCUUGCUGGAGAUUAACAUACACGCACUCCCUGUGUUACUCUCUGACCCCCACUGGCCAAUGACAGGGGGGCAGGGAGAUUACAGACAGGGCCUGGAGGUGGGGGCGGAAAGGGAUGAGAAAUGGGGGGCCCUAGAGGCCCCCUUGUCUCUGCUGUCCAGCCUGUGGCGCACAGGGAGGCGCUGACACUGGGCCACCAGCCACAGCUCUCAUCUUGUCACACACCCAAGAUUUGCCAGGCUCAGAACUUGCAUCCAGGACCCAGACACGACUCUCCGGGGAUUGUCCCGACAGCUAAAUAGCUUUGGAAUAAACUGUCUCUGCUGCCGUCGAGACUAGGAUGUUCCCUGGGCACAAACAACCCGAGAGAGGGUGCCCUGCAAACUCAUUCCCCAACAGAGGGCACAGCACCUUCCCCAGCACACACGUGCACACGCACAAGAGGGUGUCACACAAGGAUUCACCAAACAUACCCGCUCACCGAUCGAGGGUCCCCCUUGGCAUCAUCCACCACAGGCAAACCAGGCACAGAAGGCUCAGACCAUGCCCCUCCCACGCCUGACAGAGCCCCCAAGUGGGACCCCAGGUGAGGGACACAAAAGAUUCCUUUUCUGCAGGAGACGGAAAACGCGGUGGGAUUUGUGCUCUGGCGUGUGCCUGGCUCCUCCGGUUCUAGCUGCAGUAAAUCAUUUUCAGCAAUAAAGGGAAAGCAGGGAGGCCCCAGGCGUGUGUGUGGAAGGGGGGUAACACUGGGACUAAACCCAGCAGCAGCCCUGGGAACGAGGUGCACUUUAAGAUGCCACCUAUGGAGCAGCAGAGGAGGCCACAGACAGAUUCAGCUGCAAAGAGCGCCACAAACAACACACAGCCAGCAGGGGGCGGCCCCACCCAUUCACAGCAUUGGGCGCCUCACAUCAGAUGGCGCGUUCACACCCGUUCUGGACCAUGGGGUCCACAUGCAUGUUCCUCUGGUGAUCACUGCACGAAGAACUCGUGGGCUUCGCCUCCCCCACACGUGCACUCACUCACCAGCAGCAGACACGCGACAGUCACAGGAGAGGGCCCCACGCGAAGAUGUUCAAAGCUAGAGGGUGUCACACGCAAAAACACACUUACACAAAACCACACCUACACACAUUCACCCGCAGAGCAUGCCAAAUGUAUGCAGUACAGUACUGCUGAGGGACGAUCACCCCCUGAGCGUGAGCGCACGCACACACAUACACACACACACCAGUAGGGGCCCAUGUCUCCCCCAAAGGCCUCAUCUAACAUAAGUUGCAAGGCCUUAUGGACAACAUGCCUCACAACGAGCAGGCCACUAGCGCCAUGACUCCAGUGGGACGCCUCCCGUACAUGCAGUUCUGUGUAUCUCAGUUUCUAGUGUCAGGGAUCUCAGGAGCACAUGCACACCCAUGCACACCCGCAUGCAUACAACCCCCCCCACACGUGCAAAUACA